AUGACCAUCCGAUCAAUGAAGUUCACUCCAGAGGUACUGCUCGGAGCUCCCAGGCGCUCCGGACCAGUUCCGAAUGCCUCAGGCACCCUCGCCGUCUACACCCAGACCACCUACUCCUUCGAGUCUCACUCCAAGACCAAUGAGCUCCGCGUUCUAGACAUCGCCACCGGUCGCUCGGCCCUGAUUACAAACGAUGCGGGUGCCAGCUCGCCGCAGUGGCUGGGCGACAGCGACCAGUUGGUGUGGCUGAAGGUCAAGGCCAACGGCAACACCAGCUUCAUCAUCGGCGAUGCGCACGAGGUGGACAAGACAUACACGGCGGGAACCGUCCCAGGUCCGGUGUCGGAUCUCAAGGUCACCGCCAUUGAGCCAGGCAAGAUUGGCUUUGCUGUGGUGGGCAAGGCCAACCCGGACGGGACCCUCUACAACCCUCAUGACGUGAAGAAGCCCGUCACGUCCGGAAAGCUAUACACAUCCCUGUUUGUGAGACACUGGGACUCGUACGUGGAGCCUCAGAAGAACGCCAUCUGGUAUGGCUUGCUCCAGCGUGCUCCUCUGGCCCCGGUGACCAGGCAGGCGGGGAAGUACUCCGUUUCGGGACUUACCAACUUGAUAUCGGUGAGUGGCUUGACGGGCGUCGAGUCCCCUAUCCCGCCAUUCGGAGGGGCGGGUGACUUCGAUAUCAGUCCCUCGGCGAUUGUCUUCGUGGCCAAGGAUCCGAGCCUGAACCCUGCCACGCACACCUCCUGCUCAUGCUACUAUUGUCCGAUGUUUUCAUGGACUGGCGUGACUGCGCUGGAAGCAAAGGUCUGCACCGUGAAGGGCCUGGAGGGUGCCAUGUCCUCCCCGGUUCUGACCUCGGACGGUAGCUCGAUCGCCCUCCUGACGAUGCGCGAGGAUGGGUACGAAUCCGACAAAAGACGGAUCCUAUACGUUCCCAACCCUUGGAAUGGCGAGAUGAUCGAGGUCUUUUCCACAUCGGAUGGAGAAGGGGCGUGGGACCUCAGUCCGGGGGGUCUGACGUUUGCGAAUGAUGACAAGUCUUUGUUUCUUACGGUCGAAGAGAAUGGGCGGGGAGUGUUAUACCAGCUCCCUAUUGACAACAUUCGCCAUGCGACCCCCGCGUCGCUCAAAAAGAUCACCCAUUCCGGAUAUGUCGCUGAGGUCCUCCCCGCCUCAUCAAAGUCAUCAAAGCUGCUUAUUUCUAGCAACAGCUUCGUGGACAACAGCCUGUGGACCAUUGUUGACCCCGAAUCGCCCUCAGACGUGCGCAUCGUCUCUUCCAUCGGUCGCAACGGGGCUGCUUUUGGGCUCUCUCCUACGCAGGUCGACGAGAUCUGGUUCCGGGGUGCCAACGAUACUCCCGUUCACGCGUGGGUUGUGAAGCCUUCCGACUUCAAGCCAGGUAACAAAUACCCUCUCGCCUUCCUGGUCCAUGGCGGACCCCAGGGUGCAUGGUGUGAUGAGUGGAGUACGCGAUGGAAUCCGGCUGUUUUCGCCGAGCAGGGAUACGUGGUAAUCACCCCCAACCCACGGGGAAGCACCAGCUACGGACAGAAGUUUACCGAUGAAAUCCGGGGCUCCUGGGGGGGACUGCCGUACAUUGACCUCGAAAAGGGGUUCGAGCACAUCGAGAAAAACCUGUUGUAUGUCGACACAUCCCGAGCCGUGGCUCUUGGGGCCUCGUAUGGUGGCUACAUGAUGAACUGGAUCCAAGGCCAUCCCCUUGGUCGCCGGUUCAAGGCUCUUGUAACCCACGACGGAGUGUUUAGUAUGACCUCCCAGCUUGCCAGUGAAGAGCUUUACUUCCCCGUGCAUGAUAUGCAGGGUCCCCUGUGGAAAGUCCCGGAGAACUGGGCCCGCUGGGACCCCUCCCGGCAUACGGGCAACUGGCAGACGCCGCACUUGAUCAUCCACAACGAGCUGGACUACCGCUUGACGAUCGCCGAAGGCCUUGCUGCGUUUAACGUGUUGCAGAUGAGAGGCGUCGAGAGCGCGUUCCUGACCUUCCCGGACGAGAAUCACUGGGUGCUCAAUCCGGAGAAUUCGCUCAUGUGGCACCACACCGUCCUCAACUGGAUCAACAAGUAUGUCGGGCUGCCACCGGUGUCCAAGCAGGUUUCGGACUUUGGCUCGAUCAAGAGGGGGUCGAUGGAAAAGCAACUGCAAGACGUGGCUCUUUGA